CCAUUAGAUAUACCCUCUCGUAUACUCGUAGUACAGGGUACGAAUAUCAACAGCGAUAUGAUUGUUUGUAUCGCUGGCGCCAGAGAGCAAAAUAGAUACGGAGGGCGGGCGCCUAGAGUGAGAGGAGCAAUCGAAUUUGGCAUGAAUCACUUACGCCAAAAGCGUCCUCUGCUAUGAAAUCAGAAGCGAUUCCCGGAAUCUCGCACGGAAUUCAAAUAAUCUGCAUAAUGGGGCAAUUGUCCACUGGCCCCCAGGCAUCGUCGGUGUUCUUUGCUCCACAAAAUGAGGGGGUCGGUCGCCUAAUCCCCGAUGCCCAUGAAUCUACACAUGAAUACUACACGACCAGUCGCCCAGUAGCCGUGGCCAAAGAGAGCAAUCCGUAUCGCACAUCGAAGCCAAAUUAUGAGAGAUGAAGAGAGAUGUUGUAUCAGUAUUUAGGCAAUAGGCCGCGGCACGACUCAUGCCAGUUUUCCCAGAAAAAUGACGCGACAAACACCGAGGAGAGAGAAAGAUAUAGCGAUCGCAAAACGAUGAAUGAAUUUUCGUAUGCCGGGCAGAGACGACCUUACCCCUUCCGUCCCUCUACGUUCGUGUGCCCCUGGGGAACUCCAUCGACGUUGAUUCGCUUACUCGCUUGGCGUAUGACUCACGCAACGACGUCAUGCUUAAGGUUGCUAUUUGCUGACGAUCCGACGAGCGCCCGAUAAGGCGAGAGGGAGCGACGGAUCGUGAGAGCAAGUGGCGCAAAAGCUCCGCGGACCCCUGGAGAAUUCAGUGGGCAAACUAGUAUCAGUAUUCGCGCAUUCGACGAACGCUGCCGAUUGCUCACGGGGCACUCGGAUCUUGGCCAAAGCAUGCGAGAGAGAGCGAGGAAAGCUCUGUGGUGGCUGGUGGCUCGACUUCGUCAUGGCUUUAUCACCGGCCACUCGGGCCGAUCAUUAACUCGUCAUACCCCAAUCGGAGCGGUCGCCUCUGUGGAACUCGGUCGGCCUGUGUGGAUCAAAGAUCAUCGAUCAAUCGAUCGCAUAUCCAGCUCGAUAGUCGUCGAGUAGGGGCAAUAACGGUUAUUACGGUUAUUAAAAUUUUCCAAACGGAAAAAUCCGCUGUGCCAGGCUAAAGAUUUCCGCGGCAUUCAACGGCACGUGGAAAGUGAUUCCGUUCGGCGGGCAGCAGCAGGUGAAAUACCGGUGAAUCAUCGAACCAUCACGGACUACAAUCCUAAAUCCGUUUCGCUGCGUCUGCGUCCAACCGGUUGGCGGGGCGACAAUAAAUAUACAUACGUGUGUGCAAAUAAGUGCCGUUCCAGGAAUCCCCCCAUGUCUCUCGAAAGUAAAGUACAAAGCUGAGGAGACAGUGUCCCCCACAUUAAUGGCCCUUGUGCAGGGCCACAGCCACAGCCAAAGCCUCAUACAAACCAUACACGGUGCGAGGCCAGUGAUUGGGCUCAGCCUUUAUCCCAUGCACCAGGAUGUCCCACCAAAGACAGUUGGACCUUCAACCGAAUCGAAACUGGAAGAGUCGUCGGAGAAGGCGACGUCAAAGGCGGGGAAUGGAGGAGGAGGUUACCAGCAGAGACGAUGCCGCCGGCGGCGCUACAGCAGCAGUUCGACUAGCGACUCCAAUACCUCCUCGGACUCGGACUCCACAACGGACUCUGAUUCGGAUACAUCCGGCUGCUCUAGAAGCAGUAAAAGCAGCCACGGACUGCAACCCGCCCCCGAUUUGCCCGUACCCGUGGCUGUACCAUUGCCCGAGCCUCAAACAUCCCCGCCUCUACCUCUACCAAUCCGCAGUGAAAGCAGAGAACCAUCCAUCGAAUCCAGUGACUCCGUCACACCCGUCGAAGUGCCCGUGGAUCCGCAUGCCUGGACAACCGAGGACAUUGCCAGCUGGGUGAAAUGGCUGACGCGCAAGUUCAAGAUCGAUCCGGAGCCGGACAUCGGACGCUUUCCCAAGGACGGCCAGGAGCUGUGCGAACUGAGCCGAGCCGAUUUCUGGGUCUGUGCUGGAUCCCGUCGCGGAGGCACGCUUAUGGCCAAGCAUUUUGCUCUCAGCUUAUACCAAGCCACGGGCCGCGAGACGAGUCCCAUGCUCCACGAGAACGAGCCAAAUCCGUAUCAACUGCUGAACGCUGCCUCGCACCGAUUGGUUGCCCAGGGCUCCGGCGGGCAAAUACAGCUGUGGCAAUUUCUGCUGGAGCUGCUCGCUGAUUCGUCGAACGUCGCUUACAUCAGCUGGGAGGGCCAAUCGGGGGAGUUCCGGCUCAUUGACCCGGACGAGGUGGCCAAGCGAUGGGGCGAGCGCAAGGCCAAGCCAAACAUGAACUACGACAAGUUGAGCCGGGCCCUCAGGUACUACUACGACAAGAACAUCAUGACCAAGGUGCAUGGCAAGCGGUACGCCUACAAGUUCGACUUCCAUGGCCUGAUGGCAGCCUGCCAGGCCCAGGCGCAGGGCGUCGAUCCGGCCGCUAAUAUGCUAGGUUCCUACAAUCAUCAUCCCGGCGGCGGAAUGCCCCUGACCCGCCACGCGCCGCUGCACCACCACCACGCCCAGCAUCCACAUCAUCAUCAUCCGCACUCGCAUCCACACAGCCACGGACAUGUCCAUGCCGGACAGCCGCACUUCAUGCACCACCACACAUCGCCCGCCUCGACGAGCUCCAGUCUGGGAUUCCCGUCGCCUUCGACGGUCUCAUCACAGCCCUCGCCCGGCAAUGGUCCGUCCUCAUCGACAUCGGCGGCGGCGUUUACAGCACCAUUCCACGGCGGGACAGUGGCUGAACAGGCAGGCAGAACAGGAACAGGAACAGGGACAGGCACAGGGGCGGGGAAUACACCCUCGACCUAUGACCAGAGCACCCCAUCCACGAAUGCAUUUAAUUGAAGAUGGAGCCGGGAACUACCCCAAUUUGUUUUGUGGGGUUGUAAUCGGUCGACCUACUGGGCAGGGGGUGGCGUGUGAGGGGGAGAUGCGCAGGGACCACCCAUUGCGCAGAUGGCAGUCAGUUGUCCCCGCUGCCCCGUUCCACCCCUACUCUGUUUAAAGAGCAUCCCGAGUCCGGGAGCAGAGCAAACCGGACCAUAAAAGGCCGUAAAAAGGUACGACACGAGUAAUUUCCGCAUAAUUCCAGAUACUUUUGGUUAAUUGAGGAAUUGUGAUAGCCCGGAGCAUCGCAGAGCAAUAUAAGAGGAGCGCCAAUUUGUUACUUCGUCUGUUAUCCCUCGCUUCUAGCUGUAAGCAUAAGUAUAUCCGUGUAAUGCAUCCAGCAUCCCAGUAGAGGUCUCAUCAUUAUAUAUUUCUAAGCUCACUAAGUUCACCACCCACACACAAGCAUAGAGAUAUAGUAAAUACAAAUACAAGAAAAAUACGCAAAUACAGAUAUAGAUACA